AUGCGCAGUAGUGAAAAGCAACGAUCCUCGGGACGGGGUCGGCAUGAGCGCAAUGACACCGAAAACUACGGGUACAGCGAUGGGCAUGCACAUGAACAUCAACACGCUUCGUUGGAUGAACAGCAAGAGAUAUAUGCAGCCGCGAGCUAUUCGACACUAAAUCAGCAUGGCCUGCCGCUCCAUGACAAUGAUGGCGUCCGCUACUACCCCGGGGAUGAUUCACGCACGCCUCGGAAUCAUCAAGAUGAUCUGAAUCUGGGCCUCGAAAACCUCUCUGUGACGGAUGACCCCGCGCCGAUGGAUCCGACGUUUCAGCUGCCUAUACGUGGUGACUACAACGAAGAGAUCGACCCAGAAUACACCUUGGGCAGGGGAGACGGCGUAUUGAAUGUUGCUGGGGAGGACUCGGACCAUGAACCUCAGGUUCAUUUUCCGUACUCUUCCAUUCAACCCGAGAAUUACGAAGAGACACAGGAUGAUGUCUAUCAAGCAGACCUCGAGACUGCAAUGAGAAAUAGCAGGGCAGAUCAUUACAGUUCACCGAAUACUGAUGGAGCAUCAACCUCUGCAGCGCCACUUUAUUUCGACGAAUAUAAGAUAGUCCGCUCAUCUAACUUCCAGCUCGGAUCCGUCUUCAAAGUCAACUGGUUUGAGCCUCGAGGUGGCAUUCAGAGACCCAACGAGACAUUGACCGACGGCGGGCAAGACCCUUACUUCUCGGGCAUCCGUCGCUUCAUAGUGGUCAAAGAACUCAGGGGUCAUAGUCUUUGUGUGGGUAUUUAUACGUAUGGCCUCCAAGGCUGUCUCAAAAAUGGCGUUCACCCAGAACAUCACGCCCAAGCAUUUGAUGAGAGAUAUGAGCUGCCACCACCAUUAGAAGGCGAGCCUCAACUUGGAUUCGCUCCUAUACCAAUCACGAUCUCCGAACAGGUCUCGUAUGAAACGAUUGACCCCAAAUCUCGGAUCAACAUGGCCAAACUCCACACCAUAAAUCACAACGUUCCUGUGUCAUUCAUAGGACUUGUCGCUCCGGACUACCACCAAUAUCUGCGUCAAUGCAUCAACACGGUCUUUGGCAGGCAGGAUGUGCCAGCUCGGCACCACCACGGCAGCGGAGGGAAGGGCAAGGGCAAGGGCAAAGAUCGGAAACGCUGA